AUGAGGAGUAGAACGAAUUCUGGAGGAAUAAUUGCUGUUCUUUCAGUAAUUUCGAUGGUAAUUCUUUUUAUUUUAAGAUUUCAAGCUUGGACAAACUCUCCUUUAACACAAAAAUUUGUCGUGAAUACUCCACAGCUACCAUUUAUUAAUAAUAGAAUUAUUGAUACAGAACAUCUUCCAAAAAUGGAUAUAAAUUUCGAUAUCAUGAUGAAACAUAUACCAUGCUCAUAUUUACAUGUUGAUGUUAUAGACAAUAUUAAAGAAUCAGAUGAAUCUUACGAAGGCCAUGUUAGAAUGGAAAGAUUUGAUGAAAAAGGAAAUCCUAUCUUAAAGAAAUCAUAUCCAAAGAAUUCUUCUGUUACAAAAGAUCCUGGAUAUUGUGGAAAUUGCUAUGGGCAGAAAUCUGGCUGCUGCAAUACUUGCAAAGAAGUUCGAAAAGCUUUCAAAGCUAAUAACAGACCGCCACCACCGAUCAUUCAUAUUCAGCAAUGUGUUGACGAAGGCUACAAAGAGGAAUUGAUCGCAAUGAAAGGUGAAGCUUGUAGAGUUCAUGGAACAUUAACAGUUCACAGAGCUCCAGGAACAUUUCACGUUGCUCCAGGAGAAAGCUACAAUAUAAAUGGCGAGCAUGAUCACUAUUACGAAGACCUUGGAAUUAAUAUUGACGAAAUGAAUUUCUCGCAUACGAUUAAUCAUUUCUCUAUUGGCAUGCCUACAGCUAAUUCAUAUUAUCCAUUAGAUGGACAUACAGAAAUCCAACAGAAAACAGGAAGAAUGAAAAUGAUAUACUUUUUACGUGCAGUCCCCAUCAAUUUAGACGGCCGCGUAUUCUCAUUUGGUGCUAGUAGCUAUCAGAACUAUAGAGGUAGUAACAGUACUAAGUAUCCUGGUGUUUUCUUCAGUUAUGACGUUUCUCUUAUCGGAAUUGUUAGUUCUCAGAAUUCAUCUUUGAUGGAUUUAGUUACCGAGUUGAUGUCCAUCCUUGGCGGUGUGUUUGCUAUUGCCACUUUCCUUGAUAUGUUGUCAUAUAGGUUAUAUCCAGACGAUUAUCUCCCAAAAAUUGAAUAA